CUCAGUUGCGUGUUGACUGCCCGGGUGAUCGGUUGUGCCAGCUUUGUAGCUGUCGUGUUUGUACUGAGUGUCCAAGUGUUGCCGUGCUGCGUCGUGCUUCCAAAUACGUUCACUGAUCAACAGACGUCAUCGCUAGAGGCGGACGUGUGGCUCGAUUGAUUUGUUGCAAACAACAACAGUAUAUAUAUUGAAUAUAUAUAUAUAUAUUUAAACAAAAGCAAAGCGAGAAUACUAGUGCGAGUAUAUAUAAUUCGUUUGCACAAUGUCGAAAAGUCUGCGCCCUCUUAAAAUAACCAUCGUUGGCGAUGGCAUGGUGGGCAAGACCUGCCUCCUGAUAACCUACACACAGAACGAAUUUCCCGAGGAGUAUAUACCGACUGUAUUCGAUAACCAUGCCUGCAACAUAACGGUCGAUGAUAAUGAAUACAAUCUAACACUCUGGGACACGGCCGGGCAGGAGGAUUACGAAAGACUGCGUCCAUUGAGCUAUCCCAAUACGAACUGCUUCCUAUUGUGCUAUUCCAUCAGCAGUCGUACCUCUUUCGAGAACAUUAAGAGCAAAUGGUGGCCGGAGAUUCGUCACUUUGGCACCAACGUACCCGUUGUUCUGGUGGGUACUAAGCUCGACUUGCGUAUACCGAAUUCGGAGAAAUUUGUGACCACGCAGGAAGGCCGGCGGCUGCGUAAGGAGAUUCAUGCCCAUAGUUUGGUCGAGUGCUCGGCCAAGAAGAAGCUGAACUUAGAGCAGGUGUUUGAGGAGGCGGUGCGUGCGGUGGAAAAGAAGCCGGGAAAGACUCCACCAACGUGCAAAAUACUUUAAUUAAGUCCUAUGCUUAAUGUUUAAUAUUGUUAUUAUACGUAAUUGUAUUAUGUAACUAUAUAAUUGUCUGAUUAGCGAGCACUCGACUCGCAUCUUCCACAGUGUGUGUGUAGAAAAAUGUAUCGUUAUGCUUUAAUUAUAAGAUGUAGUUAUGGGAAAACAAUAUUUGUAUGCGACCAAAGUGCAUUUUUUAUGUAAAAAUCAAAACAAAAAUUAGAAGUAAAGAAUUGUUUGAAUUUAAAUGCGUACAUAACAACGCCUCAAUAUGCUGUGUAUUAUAUAUUUUCAAUAAACACUAGUCAUUAAUA